AUGGACGGCUUAGAGAACAAUUCAGAGAUCAUAGUAAUUGGAGCAACGAAUAGAAUCGAUGCUAUAGAUCCAGCUCUAAGAAGACCAGGUCGAUUCGACAGAGAGUUGUACUUCCCGUUGCCAUGUUAUACUGCGAGAAAAGAAAUACUCUCGGUUCAUAUAAAAAGUUGGAAGCAGAAACCACCGCAGAAAUUUUUGGCGUAUCUUGCAUCGAAAACAGUUGGAUUUUGCGGAAGUGAUUUGCAAGCUCUUUGCGCCGAGGCGGUAAUGUGCUGCGUCCGAAGAAACUAUCCGGAAAUAUACACGUCCAAGGCGAAAUAUCAAAUUAACGAACGCCACCUUAAAGUCGAGAAACAAGAUUUUCUAAGGGCACAACAGAAUAUUUUACCAGCAUCGCAUCGUGUUUCAGUCGCACCAGUGAAGUCUUUAUCGUAUAAAAUUCAGCCAUUACUUCAAGAUAAUUUAUCGCGUAUUUUAUCACAGCUCCAGAUUCUUUGUCCACCAGGAAUGUUAAUUUGCGAUAUUAUUACUGGUAGGGCCGUAUCGAGGUCAAACAACUGUCCCAGGAUUUUAUUGUACGGCGACGAUGACUCCCACACUCGUCAUCUGGGACCGGCAUUACUCCACACCUUGGAACAUUUACCCUGCCAUGUGUUGGACGUUACAACUUUGUUCGAGGAAACAGGAAGGGCUGCAGAAGAAGCUCUCAUUCAAAAAAUGAAAAUGGCUCGACGAAGUUUACCAUCGUUGCUCUACAUUCCUGACAUCUUAGCCUGGUGGAAUCUGGUAGAUGAAGCGGCACGCGUUGUUUUUACUUCUUUGAUGCAUGGCUUAGAUCGAUCGGUGCAUAUGUUAAUCUUGAUUACGGCCAAUUGCCCGCAAGAAGAUUUACCCGCAGAUAUUGCAUCAUUGUUCGACAAACACCGAGGCGAAAUGUUCGAAGUCACGUCCCCCGACGCACAGCAGCGGGAAUCAUUUUUUAAACAAUUAUUCGUUCACUCAACGUGUGAUCUCGAAUCUAAUUGUUCUUCACAAGCGCAAUUCGAACAAAUUAUGAAUCUGAAGAAGACGAAAGAAGUAGGAAGGAAACGAAAGGCAGGACGUCCCGAUACCACGGAAAAUCUUCAAAUUCUAAAUAAUCGACCAUCGAAGAGCGGACUCGAGUAUGUACAAAAGAAAAUACAAUUAGAAACAAUGAAUACAGAAACGGUGAAUAGUUUCGAAAGUUCUUCAAAUUCGUCCAUAUAUGAAGAAUCGAAUUCGAGAUUAAAUCUCGAUAAUGCCUUGCUGAUGGACGAGAGUUUAUCAGAUAACAGUGAUGAAAGUUUUUAUGACACAAUGAAUAGAAACACGUCAAUUGCAAUAAGAAGACAAAGUGAUGAUAUUUCAAAUACGUCUGAAUAUUAUGACAGUACAAGUUUUUUUUCUUUACCCGAUACGAAAUUUUAUGCGAAUUGUAAAAAUGAGAAUCCUAUUAAUGUAAAUAAUUCACAACAUCAACAAGACGUAAAAGCUGAAAAAAAGAAUAAUACACAUGCGCCUGUCUCGUUAAAAAUACUAUUAAGACAGAUGUUUGAUGAAAUUUUAGGAAAAUCUGAUUCUGCAAAGCAGACAAACGGAACUGAUUCUACUGGAAACUUAGACAAUGAGUUCUUAUCAAGUAAUAACAACUUAACAGAUAGAUCGAACAAUACAUUUGAAAAAAAUAAUAACUCGAUAUGUCAAACGGAAAAAUUUCAUAUGAUUAAAACUUCAACUGAGGAUGCAAAUGACCUGAGCAAAAUUAACGCUUCACCUUCUUGUGAUACAUACACUUUAAACAGAUUGAAUUCUGAGAGAUUAAUUACAAUACUGGAGAAUUCCAAUGAAAGUAGCAGUAAUUCACAGCUAAAUGAAUCUAACAACUGGUCUGGAAAAUGUAUAGGCAAAUUAAAGAACUUCUUUUCUUGGAAACUGAACAACAAAUGUACGAAUAAACAGAUAUUUAGUACUAGUGAGAUAAGUGAUAAUAUUUCUAUAUCCUCAGAUACAUCGACUGAGAUCGAUAUAGUAAAUAAGGAAAUUUUUCAAAAAAUAAAUGAUUUACAAGCAAAUGAUUCUCUGAAUGUUGUAAAUUUCCAAUUUAGAAAUAAAAUUAUUGUCGUAGAAUCCACAAGUCCUGUUAAUUCGGUUAAAAAUGAAGUUAAUUCUGCAAGUUCAAACUACGAAGAAUAUGUUUGUCCAGACACGUUUUUUCAUAGCUCAAAGACUGAAACGAAGAAAUUAAAAGAUCAUAAUAGAAUUGGUAAAAAAACUGCAAAACGACGCAGUUUAUCUAUGUCAGAAAACAAUACCGAAGAAAAGAAAGAUCAAGAUAGUAAUGAUAAUAAGAAUAAUAAUAAGUCGAAAACCCCACACAGAAUGGACUUUUUUAAUAGAACAAAUAUUCGUGAAAGAAAGUCUAUAUCACCUAGGAUUAUUGCAUCUCCUAUAAAGCCUGUAACUUAUCUAAGAAAAGUUUUUAUGGACAUGGAAAAAAAGAAUAAAGUACGAAGUAUGAAGCACUCGCCAAUGCACAAAUUAAGACAAACCAAGGUACCGUUUAUAUCUGUAACUCCGGCAACGCCGGAACACUAAUAAUUGAGUAUUAAAAAUUAUAACUUUAGUGUUAUUUAUUACUAUGUUAUUA